GGCAGCCAAUCAGAGCGGGGCUUUUUGGGCGCUGCGGAGGCGGCCGAGGCGGACGCUGUGAGGCGUGAAGCAUGGGCCUCCUCGCGGCCUUGACCCGCGGCCUGGUCCGGGGAGCCGACCGGACCGCCCCUUGGAGCAGCAAGCGGGGACCCCGCACCUUCUACAAAAGCCGGGGGGCCAAAGGCACGGGCUACUUCACCCGCGGCUGGAAGUUCAUCACCGUGAAGGAGAUGGUGCCCGAGUUCGUGGUGCCGGACCUGACGGGCUUCCCGCUCAAGCCCUACGUCUCCUACCGGGCCCCCGCAGGGACGGACCCCCCGCUGACCGCGAAGCAGCUCUUCACCGAGGCCGUCGCCCCGGCCAUCGAGAGGGACUUUAAAGAAGGGAAGUUCGACCCGGGAGACCUGGAGAAGUACGGUUUCGAACCCACGCAGGAAGGCAAGCUGUUUCAGCUGUACCCCAAGAACUACGUUCAGUAGGGAGGCGGGGAAAUCAACCCCGAAGCCAGACUCCCUCCCACGGAAGUCGUCUUUGCUCUGGAAGGAAAGGGGGCAUUUAAGGGGAAGGGCUUCCGGUCUUGCGGUGUCUAUUAAAAGCCGACCCUGAUAU